AUGUCGACGUUCUUGAAGCAAAACACAAAAGUCAUAGGAGGACUUGUUGCGGCUCUUGGUGGCGCUACUGCUCUUUAUACUUUCACGCCACAGGCCAAAUCCUGGUUUGGUUUUGGCAGCAGUGUAGACUCCUGUACUAUUAAGAAAAUCGAGGAAGGCUACCAAAAAUUGAACGGUCCCGAGGGAGCAAAGUGCAAGUCUUUACUGAAAAAGCAUCUAACCAGAGAUGUUGUUGACCAGUUGAAGUACAAGAAGACAAAGCUUGGUGCAACGCUCUACGACUGCAUUCGAUCAGGUAUUCUGUGA